AUGUCCCCACUGUGCCCACUGAUGCUGGCCUUGGCCCUGGUGGCUGUCCCUGGUGCCCAAGGUGCCUGCCCGGUGCCUGCGGACCUGAAGGACACAGACGGCAUGCGCACAUGUGCCAAACUCUAUGACAAGAGUGACGCAUACUAUGCCAAUUGCUGCCAGGGUGCAGUACUGUCGGUGGAGCCCGGAGCAGACCUUCCCUACCUGCCUUCGGGCUGGGCCAACACAGCAUCGUCUCUGGUAGUGGGGCAGCGUUGUGAGCUCACGGUGUGGUCCCGGCCUGGCAAGGGCGGUAAGACACGCAAGUUCUCAGCUGGCAGCUACCCUCGCCUGGAGGAAUACCAAAGGGGCAUCUUUGGGAACUGGGCCAACUCCAUCUCCGGUCUCUACUGCAAGUGA